AUGUCGCUCAAGAAGGCUCUGCACAGCUUUCGCCCUCGGAGUGGUUCCAACUCAGCUGCCACUAGCGACAACGAAAGCCCAGCUCCCAAGGAUGGCCACAGGGAAAGCCGCGUGGGGACUGGCUUCUCGGCCCUGUCGAAUGGCAUUGGCUUCGGCCGUCACUCGACAGACUCGGGACAUCGACCCUCUACUGAUCUGUCGCCGUCGCCAUCACGACACUCCAAGGACCACCACAGAGGCUCGCAUAGUCCCUUGGGCUUUCUGAGGCGCAAGGUCCGUGGUGGCUCCGAUGAUUCGCACUCUUCCACCGAAGACCUGCCAUUGAAUCGCGAAGGCGAGCCGAUGAGCCGCAACCAGCAGCGUAAACAUGAGCGACAAGCCGAGAAGGAGAAGCACCGCCAGGAGGUCGAAGCUCGCCAGGAAGCAGAUCGAAAACGCAAAGAGGAAAUGGCGAAGAGGGCUGAAGAGGAAGAGACUGAAGAACAGAAGGCCAGGUACGGCACACUACCAAUCAACUAUUACGCUGGGCAACAGAAGCAUGAAGACCGCAUUGACUUGCGUGACCUCAAGCCAGAACAUGUUGGCCAAAUGGUUUGCUUUAGAGCACGCCUGCACAACUUGCGUAAGCUGAGCGCACAUCUGAUGUUCAUCGAGCUUCGACAGCAGACGGCAACCAUUCAAGGUAUCUUGCACGAGCACGGCAGUGUCUCUCAGCACUUCUUGUACUGGGCCGAGCAUCUUCACGUCGAAUCAGUCGCGGUGAUCAAGGGUGUCGUCCAAGAGCCGAAGGCUAAGCAGGGGGAGAUCAUCGGUGUAUCGAUCCACAACCUUGAGAUCCAUAUCCAUGAGAUGCACGUUGAGGCCACGCCGGAUGAGCCAUUGCCAUUCACUGUCCACGAGGCUGAGGUCAGCAAGGCAGAAACCCAACAGGAGGGAGACACCCGCCACCGCGUGUCUGACAGAGCCCGCCAGGGUAACCGCAUUAUUGAUCUGCGUACGACAGCAUCGCAGGCUAUCUUCCGUGUGCAGUCUGGCAUUUGCCAGGCUUUCCGAUCACACUUGCACAACAUCGGCUUCAUUGAGAUCCACACUCCAAAGCUCCAAGGCGCCGCAUCUGAGUCUGGAGCCAGCGUUUUCAAGGUCGACUACUUUGGCAGGCCAGCAUUCCUGGCACAGUCGCCGCAGCUGGGCAAGCAGAUGGCUAUUGCAGCAGACUUCAGGCGAGUCUUUGAGAUUGGUCCAGUCUUUAGAGCCGAGAACAGCAACACCCACAGGCAUUUGACAGAGUUCACGGGUCUGGAUCUGGAAAUGGCGAUUGACGAGCACUACCACGAGGUGCUACGUGUCUUGGACAGCACAUUCAAGGCGAUCUUCAAGUUCGUUUAUGACAAUUACAGGGAAGAGAUCGAGGUUGUGAAGCGACAGUUCCCACAUGAGGACCUGGUCUGGCUGGAUCAGACCCCGAUCAUACCCUUCGCUGAAGGUAUCCGCAUGCUCAAUGAGUCUGGCUACCGGGAUGAGAAUGGCAAGGAACUGCCAGAAGAUGAAGACAUGGGCACUCGCGACGAGAUUGCCCUGGGCGCCGUGAUCAAGGAGAAAUUUAAGACCGACUACUACGUUCUCGACAAGUUCCCUGCCUCCGCGCGACCUUUCUAUGCCAUGCCCGAUCCCGACAACGCAACGCUCACAAACUCGUUCGAUAUCUUCUGCCGUGGCCAGGAGAUCCUCUCUGGAGGACAGCGAAUUCACGAUGCGCCUACCCUUGCCGCAAAUAUGGAGAAGAUGAAGAUGGACCCCAAGACUUUGGAAGAGUACAUGACUGGGUUCGAGUGGGGUGCUCCACCGCACGGUGGUGGUGGAAUCGGUAUGGAGCGUAUUCUCAUGCUUUUGCUGAAGCUUGGUGAUAUUCGAAACGCGACCAUGUUCCCGCGUGAUCCCAAGUCGUUGCCAUACAAGCCUCCAGUCAAGCAACUCCGACAUCCAGAAGCGAGCACAAUGCAUCCACCUUGGAUGGGCCAAGACCGAGUCACAGCUCACAUGGACUUCCAACCACUCGAGAAGCUCAUUGCCAACUACGGUGAUGCCUCGAACACAUCUUGGCUGGAGCCCAAGUUCGAACACUGGCGUGAUUCCAACACGGGUGCUGCAAUUGGCUUCGUACCUCACGAAGGGUUCGCUAUCACUAUCGGUGAUCCUCUUUGCCACCAGAGCCAGUAUGUCAAGACGAUCGGCGGCUAUCUGCGAUACAUCAAGAAGGAGCGCCACCUCAAGGCGCUUUGGUUGCUCUGUGGACAGGCCGUGGAAGAGGUCCUAGCUAACAAGUUCGACUGGCGAACACUGUCUGUUGCUGCCGAGCAACGUCUUGACCCAGGCAACAACCCAGCGGCGAAGGACCCUGAGAUUCAGCGAAAGUGCCGACACGCAGAGAAGGAGGGCGUCAAACUGCACGACAUCCCAAUCGGCACGCCGAUCCCACAAGACGUGAAAGAGAAGGUUGACAAGCGUAUUGAGGACUGGCUGAAGAACAGAAAGGGCAAGCAGGUGCAUCUUACAGAUGUCCACCCUUGGCAAGAUACGGAGCACCGACAGUAUCACUACACCACAACCAAAGACGGCCAGAUCUGUGGUCUUGUCAUCCUUGCUCAGCUGUCACCCGAUCACGGCUGGCAAGUCAAGUUUGCGCUCGACUUCCCCGGUGCGCCGUCAGGUGCCAUUGAGUUGCUCGUGCUGCACUCAUUGAAGGCUGCCGCACAGACUGGUGCAACAUCAGUCACCUUCGGCGGAGGCGCUGCUGCUAAGCUCACGCCAGGUCACAACUUGAAGGGCACUCGCGUGAAGGUCCUGGCUAAGGCGUACCACGCCAUCGCGACUGAGCUAAAGCUCACGAACAAGAGCGAGUUCAGAGAGAAGCUGGGUGCCCAGGACGAUCCCAUCUAUGUCUGUUACCCACCUCACGGUCUCGGGCCAAGCGGUGUUCGAGCCAUCCUCAGCUUCUUCGAGGAUGACGACGAUGCCAACAAGUUGGGCUAG